CGCAUCCAAUUCAUACACACAAAACUAACUGAGCGAGCUUCUGAGCUAGCACCAAGCGCAACCAUGGAGGCGGCUCUGGUGAGUGCGGCGACGGGUGCCUUGAAGCCCGUCCUUGGGAAGCUGGCCACCAUUUUGGGUGACGAGUACAAGCGUUUCAAAGGCGUGCGUGGUGAGAUCAAAUCGCUCUCUAGCGAACUCACCGCCAUGGAAGCGUUUCUUCUGAAGAUGUCAGAGGAGGAGGAUCCUGAUGUUCAGGAUAAGGUGUGGAUGAAUGAGGUCCGGGAGCUCUCCUAUGACAUGGAGGACUCCAUUGAUGACUUCAUGCAAAGUGUCGGCAGCGAAGAUACAAAGCCAGAUGGCUUCUUGGAGAAGAUGAAGAACUCAUUGGGAAAGAUGGGGAAGAUGAAGGCUCGUCGGCGAAUAGGCAACGAGAUAGGAGAUCUGAAGAAGCAAAUCAUCGAGGUGGCGGAGAGGAAUGCAAGGUACAAGGCCCAUGAGGCCUUCUCCAAGGCCAAGAAUACAACCAUUGAUCCUAGAGCUCUUGCUAUCUUUCAGCAUGCCUCCGAGCUUGUCGGAAUUGAUGAACCCAAGGCUGAGUUAAUUAAACUAUUGACUCAAGGUGUGUCAACACAAGAGAAAAUAAAGUUGGUAUCCAUAGUAGGAUCCGGUGGAAUGGGCAAGACAACUCUUGCAAAUCAAGUGUAUGAAGAUCUCAAAGGAGAAUUCCAAUGUCAGGCCUUCAUAUCUGUGUCUAGAAAUCCAGAGAUGAUGAAUAUCAUGAGAACUAUUUUUAGUGAAGUCAGUGGGAAAGAUUAUGCUAACACUGAAGCAGGUAGUAUACAACAACUCAUUAGCAAGAUCGCCGAUUUCCUGGCAGACAAAAGGUAUUUUGUUGUUGUUGAUGACAUAUGGGAUGUGGAUACAUGGCAUGUUCUUAAGCAUGCAUUUCCGGUGAAAAGUUCAGGCAGUAUCAUAAUCACUACUACUCGUAUAAAUGAUGUUGCUGAAUCAUGUCGUUCAACACCAUUUAGUGGAGAUAUUUAUUGCAUAAGGCCUCUUGACAUGGUGCACUCCAGGCAAUUGUUUUACACAAGAUUAUUCAACGUCGAAGAAAAUUGCCCCUCAUACCUUAAAAAGGUUUCUGAGCAUAUUUUGAGAAAAUGUGCUGGAUUGCCUUUGGCAAUCAUUGCUAUAUCUGGUUUGUUGGCUAAUACUGAAAGGACAGAGGGUCCAUGGAAACAAGUUGAAGAUUCGAUUGGUCGAGCACUUCAAAGAAAUCCCAGUGUUGAAGGAAUGAUGAAGAUACUAUCACUUAGUUACUUUGAUCUGCCUGCUCAUCUGAAAUCUUGUCUUUUAUGUUUGAGUAUAUUCCCUGAAGAUUCUGUUAUCAGUAAGAAAAUUUUGAUAAAGAGGUGGAUUGCUGAAAGAUUAAUUCAUACAGAAGCCGGAUAUAGUACAACAUAUGAGUUUGGUGAAAGGUGUUUUAAUGAGCUCAUCAAUAGGAGUUUGAUCCAACCCGCGGAAACCAACAAAUAUGGUAUGGUAAAGUACUGUCGAAUUCAUGACACAGUUCUUGAUUUCAUCAUAUCCAAAUCCAUCGAAGAAAACUUUGUUACUUUGGUAGGUGUUCCUAGUUUAACUGUUGGCACACGAGUUCGCCGGCUGUCCCUGCAAGCCGGCAAGCAAAAAGAAUUGAUAGUGCCAAAAGGCUUGGUGUUGUCUCAUGUCCGAUCACUUGAUGUGUUUGGAGAAUCUGUGAAAAUCCCUUCUAUGGAUAAGUUCAGGCAUUUGCGUUUUCUGGACUUUGAAGGUUGCAAACAACUGGAGAACCAUCAUCUUAAAAAUAUAGAUAACUUGUUUCAGCUGAGGUACCUGAGCCUUCAUGGGGUGAAGAAAGUAAGCAACCUCCCAGAACAAAUUGGACGCCUAUGGUGCUUAGAGAUACUGGACUUAACUGAUACGUCUGUUUAUGAGUUACCAGCAUCUAUUGUCAAUCUCAAGAGACUGGUGCACCUAUUGGUAAACCUGUAUGUAACACUUCCUUGUGGAAUUCCCAAGCUGCAAGCACUGGAGAAAUUGAAGCAUGUCAAUGUCUAUUGUCAGUCAUUUAACUUCCUGCAAGAAUUUGAGCAGAUGCAGAGUCUUAAAGUAUUGCACCUUCAUUUUGAGGAUUAUUAUUUUGUUGAGGGAAUGGACGCUGAAAAUGAGUCCAAGAAAACUAUUAUUGCCACUUCCCUUACAAACCUAGGGAACCUUCUCUCUCUAACUGUUUGUGACGGCCCUGAAUUUGUAAGGGAGUCUUUGUGCCCUAUGCCACUUAGCCUCCAGAAGCUGAAAGUCUUGAAUUCUAGUAUUCCCCAUGUUCCAAAUUGGGUGGGCUCCCUUAUCAACCUCCAGAAAUUACGCCUUGAAUUGGUGAGAGCUGAGCAGGAAGAUUUAUAUAUCCUUGGAGGCUUACCUGUUCUGCAUUGUCUGAUUCUGAGAAUUGAUGGCCAUGAAAUUAGAAAUACCUCAUUAACAGAAGAGCUCGAAGUUACAAGGGUCAUAGUCUGUGGUGAAGUUGGAUUCCCAUGCUUGAGGAUAUUUAUUUUUGAUAGUCAGUGUGCUGUGAUGAAUUUGACCUUUGCGGCUGGAGCCAUGCCCUUGGUAGAUGACCUCUUGAUAGUAUUUAACGCAGAAGAAACUGGGUCUCCCGGUACCAGCGGUGAUUUUGAUCUCGGAAUAGAAAAUCUCCUCAGCCUCGUUAAAAUCAGAUGUGUAGUAUGGGGAGACGAGGACGACAGAGUUGAGGCUGCAGAAGCUGCCAUUCGGGAAGCAGCCAACGCACAUCCCAACCGCCCUACUCUACGCUUGGACUGAUAAUGCGUUGCCGGAAUCAAGGGUGCAACGCCAAAGGUUCAUCAUCACUGCAUUUCUAAGAUCGAAACAUUCAUCAUUCUCUGCGAGGAUGGAUCUGCCUCCCUGCACCCUGCUGGUACGUACUUAGUCAAACCUAGUAUAUCUUUAUUCUCGUUGUCGUGCAUACUAUACUCCCAGAAUCCCUAGCUAGAGAACUGCGUUCUGUACCCUUAAGAU